AUGAAAUUGACGGUUGCUGUUUUGGUUUUUAUAGUAGUUGGUGCAAUAAAAUGCAGUAUUUUGGAUGAUAGACAACUUUUAGGAGCCAUAAAUCAAGACAGUGACCAAGAUCAACAAAAAACACUUAAUGACAACGUUGGUCAAAUUUUAAAUCCAUCUACGAGUUCAAUUACAGCUGAUGGCGAGGACCAAUCAAAUCUGAUCCUCGAUAUCCUGAUGGAACCAUCACAAGACAGUCCUUUGGCCACAAUAGGAGAAAUUCCAAGAGACCUCACCUUAGGUUUAACAAGUUUUGCAAAUUGGAUGGGAUUGACACAACCAUUUGAUAAUGGAUUUGCAGAUAUAUCACAACUCCUAGUAUCUGCUGUUUACGAUUUAGAUAUGGAGCAAUCUGCAGGGAGUCAUAUGGCUGGCUUGAUACAGCAAAAAACAACGACAGAUCUGAUACAACAAUACGAAUAUCCUCAUGAAACUCAUCAUGUGACAACUGAAGAUGGUUAUAUUUUGGAGAUGCAUAGAAUUCCUUACCAAAACAAUAUCGUGCGAUAUCAAGGUGUAGUUUUUUUGAUGCACGGUUUGUUAUCGAGUUCUGCAGAUUUUGUCGUUAUUGGUCCACAAAAAGCUUUAGCAUUUCUUUUACACGAUAUUGGUUUUGAUGUCUGGAUGGGCAAUGCCAGAGGCAACAAAUACUCAAGAGGACAUUUGGAACUCAACAGUGCCACUGAUUCUGAAUAUUGGGACUUCAGUUGGCACGAAAUUGGCAUCAAAGAUCUACCAGCAUUGAUAGACUAUAUUCUACUCACAACUGGUGAACAAAAGUUGACUUAUAUUGGACAUUCCCAAGGAAAUACUGCCUUUUGGGUGAUGGCAUCAGAAAAACCAGAAUACAACACCAAAAUUAAAUCAAUACAUGCUUUGGGACCAGUGGCUUUCAUGAGUCAUACAACUAAUCUAAUUCUUAACUUAAUGAUGCCUUUGUUAUCAGGUGGACUGCUGCUGACAAAUUUAUUAGGCCAGUUCGAGUUUAUGCCAUCUAAGGGUUUUGAGACAUUGUUUGGUCGACUUUUAUGCAAUGAUGAGGAUCCUGUGCAAAUAGCAUGCAGCAAUAUAUAUUUUAUUGCAUUUGGAUACAAUCCUUCGCAAUUGAACGCGACUUUGAUACCAGAAAUCUUAAACAAUGUACCAGCUGGAGCCUCAACAAAACAAAUGAUUCAUUAUGGCCAACUAAUUGUCUCCAAAAAAUUCAGACAAUACGACUACGGACAAUUAGGCAACUUAGAGCUUUAUGGAUUUCCUGAACCUCCUGAUUAUGAUUUAUCCAAAAUAACGACACCAGUUGCUUUGUACAUAGGACCAAAUGAUAAUACAGGAACUCCUGAGGAUGCUGAAAUUUUGGCAUCGCUGCUGCCUAAUGUGAUUCUAAACUUUUUGGGUCCAGGACCAAAUUGGUCGCACGUUGACUUUAUUUGGGGCGAAGACGUCAAAGAAUUACUUUAUGAUAAAGUUAUUGAUACAAUUAUGAAAUAUAAUGUUUAG